UGUUGGGAUUCCUCUUGCUAUCAGCUCGGAUCUCCUGAACUUUCUUGUUUUGUUUUUAACGCUGCCUGAAGUUGAAAGCUUUGCUUUCCUUUCAGAUUUUCAGAGUAGCCUUUCUCUCUCUCUUUUUUCAUUUAAAAAAUACUACAGCUUAUUAAAGUGACACGAGAAAAUUUCAGGGUAAACCUGCAUGCAUUAUUGUAGCUGAAAUUAUUGGGUUUUUUUCUUUUUUUGAUGGCACCAGAGGGACCGAUAAAAAGACAUUGCUUUCCAUCUCUCUCUCUUUUUUUCUUUUGGUCCAUUCAUGCUCAAACCGCACUAGCUCUCUGUGAAGCUGUUGUUUAAUUCAAGGUAAAAACUAGGCUGGUUGUGAAAAGUGGAGGCAAUGGAACGCUUCCUGGGUUUUGUGAAGCAGAUAAGACGAUCCAGGAGAAGAAAGGGGAAAAAGUACAGACCAGAAGAGGAUUACCACGAGGGCUAUGAGGAUGUCUAUUACUAUGCUUCAGAACAUUUUCGAAAUGAGAGUCCCUACACUAAAUCCGCCAGCCAGACAAAGCCACCUGAUGGAGCAUUGGCUGUGAGGAGACAGAGCAUCCCAGAGGAAUUCAAAGGUUCCACAGUUGUGGAAUUAAUGAAGAAAGAAGGCACCACCCUAGGGCUUACGGUGUCGGGUGGAAUCGACAAGGAUGGCAAACCGAGGGUAUCCAACCUUCGGCAAGGAGGAAUAGCUGCCAGAAGUGAUCAGUUAGAUGUGGGAGAUUACAUCAAAGCUGUGAAUGGAAUCAACCUCACCAAAUUCCGCCAUGAUGAGAUCAUCAGUUUACUGAAGAAUGUUGGGGAAAGAGUCAUUCUUGAAGUGGAAUAUGAGCUCCCAUCCAUCUCUGUGCAAGGAUCUGGUGUUGUAUUCCGAACGGCAGAGGUUACUUUACACAAAGAAGGCAACACUUUUGGUGGAGCCCACGAUGACAGAAAUAAAUCUCGUCCUGUUGUAAUAACAUGUGUUCGACCUGGAGGGCCUGCUGACAGAGAAGGCACAAUCAAAGCCGGUGACAGGCUGCUGAGUGUGGAUGGCAUCAGACUUGCUGGUAACACACAUGCUGAAGCCAUGAGUAUUCUCAAACAGUGUGGGCAGGAAGCGACGCUGGUGAUAGAAUAUGAUGUCUCAGUAAUGGAUUCAGUGGCAACAGCCUCUGGGCCACUGCUUGUUGAAGUUGCCAAAACCCCUGGUUCCAGCCUUGGUGUUGCACUGAGUACCUCAAUGUGCUGUAACAAGCAGGUCAUCAUCAUUGAUAAAAUCAAAUCUGCAAGUAUUGCCGACAGAUGUGGUGCAUUGCAUGUUGGAGAUCAUAUUCUUUCCAUCGAUGGAACUAGCAUGGAAUAUUGCACAAUGGCAGAAGCAACACAAUUCCUUGCCAAUACUACAGACCAGGUCAAACUCGAGAUCCUUCCCUAUCACCAGACUCGAGUUGCACUGAAGGGACCUGACCACGAUAAAGUUCAGAGGAGCAACGGGCAACUUACCUGGGAUUCCUGGGCCAACAACCACAGCAGGCUGCUCACCUAUCACCAUUAUAACACCUACCGCCCUGACCAUUGCAGGAUGGCAGCCUGGAAAUUCCAGAAACCACCUCCUCCGAAAAACCCUCCAGCUACGGUGUCUUCAUCCAUCUCUCCUACCUCCAUGAGUGCGUAUAGCCUGAAUUCCCUAAACACAGGGACGUUGCCACGAGGCGUCUACACGACCAGCCCGCGUGGGACAAUGAUGAGGAGGAGACUAAAGAAGAAAGACUUCAAAAGCUCCUUGUCCUUGGCCUCCAGCACAGUGGGCUUGGCCGGACAGGUCGUCCACACUGAAACUACAGAGGUAGUGCUGACCGCCGAUCCCGUCGUGGGAUUUGGGAUCCAGCUCCAAGGCAGUGUAUUUGCCACUGAGACUUUGUCUUCUCCACCGCUGAUUUCCUAUAUUGAAGCUGACAGCCCAGCAGAAAGGUGCGGUGUACUGCAAAUUGGAGACAGAGUUAUGGCUAUCAAUGGAAUUCCCACCGAAGACAGCACGUUUGAGGAAGCCAGUCAACUUCUCCGAGAUUCUUCUAUCACCAGCAAGGUCACUUUGGAAAUAGAGUUUGAUGUUGCAGAGUCUGUAAUUCCAAGCAGUGGAACAUUUCACGUGAAGCUACCCAAGAAGCACAGUGUGGAGCUUGGAAUCACCAUAAGCUCACCAGCCAGUAGAAAACCAGGAGAUCCCCUUGUUAUCUCAGAUAUCAAGAGAGGCAGUGUGGCUCACAGAACCGGGACCCUAGAACUUGGGGACAAACUGCUGGCCAUUGAUAACAUCCGGCUGGACAACUGUUCCAUGGAAGAUGCCGUUCAGAUUCUCCAGCAGUGUGAAGACCUCGUGAAGCUCAAAAUCCGUAAAGAUGAAGAUAACUCCGAUGAACAAGAAAGUUCUGGAGCUAUUAUUUACACUGUGGAGCUGAAGCGCUACGGAGGCCCCCUUGGCAUCACGAUUUCAGGAACAGAGGAGCCUUUCGAUCCCAUCAUCAUCUCCAGUCUCACUAAAGGAGGAUUAGCAGAAAGAACUGGUGCAAUCCACAUUGGCGAUCGAAUUCUAGCCAUCAACAGUAGUAGCUUGAAGGGAAAACCUUUGAGUGAAGCCAUCCAUUUGUUACAGAUGGCAGGAGAGACUGUCACCUUGAAAAUUAAGAAGCAGACAGAUGUCCAUUCAGCAUCAAGUCCCAAGAAAUUCCCCGUUCCCAGUCAUUUAAGUGAGCUGAGUGAUGUAGAGGAUGAAACAUCUACUCCACAGAAACCAGGCAAACACUCCGACAUUUACUGCGCUACAGCACCCAGCGUGGACAGUGCUGUUGAAUCAUGGGAUAGCUCUGGUAUGGAUACCAGCUAUGGAAGUCAAGGCCCUGGCUUCCAGGCUUCAGGAUCCAAUUUCAAUGCAUUUGAAUGGAGGAAUCCUAAACAGAGAGGUGGCUUGUCCCCAACAAGCAAGACACUGAACCAAGAAGUGGAUCUGAGUGAUUAUGAAUGGGAGAGACCAACAACUAGUAGUUUUCCAGGGACCCACAACAAUGCUGAUGGGGAACAGGAAGAGAAUUUCUGGUCUCAGGCACUGGAGGACUUAGAAACCUGUGGACAGUCGGGAAUCCUGAGAGAGCUCGAGGAGAAAGCGGACAGGCGUCUGUGUUUGAGAAACAUGACUCUCUUGGCAACAAUCAUGCUGGGGAGCACACUGAGCUUGAAUCAUGAGACCGCCACACCAUCACGCAGUCAAUUAGGACGCCAGGCCAGCUUCCAAGAACGGAGCACAUCCCGGAGCCACUACAGCCAGACAACUCGAAGCAACACCUUGCCCGUUGAUAUGGGUAGGAAGUCUGUCCCCCCAAGAAAAAUCAAGCAAGAAAUCAAGGAGAUCAUGUCCCCAACUCCUGUGGAACUGCACAAGGUAACCUUAUACAAGGAUUGUGACAUGGAAGACUUUGGAUUUAGCGUAUCAGAUGGACUGCUGGAAAAAGGAGUAUAUGUUAAAAAUAUUCGCCCCACUGGACCAGGAGACCUAGGUGGCUUAAAGCCCUAUGACAGGCUCUUACAGGUUAACCAUGUCCGUACAAGAGACUUUGACUGCUGCCUCGUCGUGCCCCUCAUAGCAGAAUCUGGCAAUAAAUUGGACCUGGUUAUUAGCAGAAACCCCCUGGCUUCUCAGAAGGUGGUCCCAGAUCAACAACGUACUUUACCUGGUGGAGAAUGGGGGGACCAGAACAGAGCUUUCUUUCAACAAACCGGACAUGGUGGUAGUCUGGAGACGCGAGAACCCACAAACACAUUAUAGCAAAGAUUUUUAUAAAAUGA